UGUUUUAAUUUCUGUUUCAUGGGUUUCUUAAGUUGAAUCAAAUAAGUAUGUUCUUAAAAUUGUGAUUUUAUUGGGUAAUUUCUUAUUAAUUGUGAUUUUAUGGGAGUAAUAACAUGUUGUUUGUGGGUGGGUUUCUGAUCUGAAGGCUUUUUUUUCUUAAAUUUUAAAGUUUCAAAGUAUUGCUUAUAACGUGUUUGAUAAAGUGCUUGAGUGAGUCUAGAUUGUGAACUUGCAUAAAUUUGUAUAUUUUGGCUAUGAAUCUGUGUUUCUUGUUUAUUUUUAUUGGGUAAUUUCUUGUUUUUUGUGAAUGGGUUUUUGAUUUGGGUAAUUUCUUGUUUUUUUUUUUUGUGAAUGGGUUUCUGAUUUGGCUCCUCCUAAGCCCCAACCAAAAUGGUACUCUCUCAGCUUUUUGAUGUUUAAGUUUGAACUGGAAAAUGGAUCUGAUUUAUGUUUUCGGCAUUUGGGUUUUGAGAAAACUAUUAGCUUUUAGCUUGAAAUCGUGUUUGCUUUCAUUUUUCCCUGUUGUUUGGUUGUUGAGAAAAUAGUAAAGGAGAAUUUUUGUUUGUUUGUUUGUUGUUUAUAUGAUGUUAUUAUGCUUACCCAUAUGCUGGUUUAGCUUGAAUUUGAGAAAAUCUAAGUUACUGUGUGUGCUGUGCACCCACUUCAACACGCCACCAGUCGCCUCAUCUAGAGUCCAUGGUUGUCAGUCGACUCCAUGCUUCUAUACUUAACUGUAUCACUGGUAUAUCUCUCUCACUAUGUGUGUUUAAUUUGUGAUCGGCAGUGUACUGCUACUGCUGAAGAGUGAAGAGUUAAGAGCAAAGACUAAAGCUAGACUUUUUAGUUCACAGCUUUUGUUUACUAUGUGUUGUGUUAUACAGCUGUAUUGUACUAUUGUUGAACUUUAGAAAUAUAUCUUGCUGACAUUCAUUUGUGGUUGUCUGCCUGUGUCAUUAAAUGAGUUUUGAUUGUGACUUGAGAACGUGUUUCUUCUUGUGAGGUUUGUGUGAGACUUUCCUCUUUAGUAUGCAAAAUGAAUUAUUCCUCUAUAUUGUGUUAGAGCAGCACUACCACAGCAAGUUGCAGUUUUUUAAGUAUAUAAUAAACUUCAUUGACUGUGACGGUGGCAAUUUGCGGGUAAUCUUUCUUUUUCUAUUGUCGGAAGCCGCCAAUCCUGAUUCUGGCAAGAAUGAUGAUUUAGCAGCCUCAAAAAGUGGUGAGACGGCAGUUGGUCCUGACAAUGCUACAGCUUCCACAAGCACAACUUCGAGGCGUCUUGUGGAUAGGAAGGUGGAGAGGUUCGAUAAGAACAUUAUGAAGAGAGGAGCUGUGCCUGAAACAACCGCAAAGAAGGGAAAGGACUACCCCGUUGGUCUUGUUCUUCACUGUGAUGGUGGCAAUUCAAAAAUUGGCUGUACUGCCAAUGCUCACAAUCUCUUGAGCUUGCCUUCAUUAUUGCUGAGCGCUUAAGGAGGAGGAUUACAUCACAGCAAGCUCUUGCCCUCUAGGCUUCUACAGUGAGGCUUUAAGAGCCCACCAAUGUGCUCUUUUUCUUACGUUAAUAGCAGUUAUAUUAGCAUUAGCACUAUCGGAUUUUCAGUUAUUUAUGUUAUGUAUUGUGUGUAUACUAAAAGGAAGAGUGAUGGUCUAAGACACUAUGAAAACACACUGGAAUAAAUUGAUAACAAUUUAUUUAUUCCAUAAGAAUAUAAGAUAUGAUUGCAUUUUAUU